GUCUUACCUUAAAGACCAGGUUGCAGAUACAGAAGCUGGAAUUGCAAGAGGAAAUGGAAGUCCCUUGGCCCAAUUCAGGAAAAUACAGAAGCGAGAAGCCCAGACCUUUCUCAAAAGGCGCCGUCCGCCCCCUCUCCCCUCCUUUGCCUCAUUGUUCCAAGGCACAGGGCCCAACCUGGCUGACUGGGUGCAAGAGCUGAGCACCCCACCUAAGCAUUUUGCAACUGCACCGGCUGGACAGGAGACCCGGCAUUUCCUACAGCUGUCAGAAGAGGAGGUGGAUGAAUUGCGAAUCCAAGGGCAGAUGUUCCUUCAGCAGUUGCAGAAAGAACUGCACCUGGAUGUUUUUCCAGAUGUGGAACCAGAGAGAGAUGCCACUACAAUUCGAGUGCUUGCAUCGAAUGCAGAUUCCCUGGUGAGCGAGACCCGUCCUCAGCGAGAGAAACGCAGCUUGGGGACUGGCCCCACGGAGGAAAAGGAGAAUCAACUGCACAGCGUCCCUGCCACAGGCUCCAGUUGCCUGGGGGUGAAUGAAUCUGCUCAGCGUGUCCAUUCCGUGCAGGAGACGUACCGUUGGAUUCUGCAAGUGCCUGAGCAGGACCUCACCAUGAAAUUCCAGGAGAUCCUGGUGGACUUGGGUUCCAAGAACUCCAAGGGCCUCUACCGAGCUCACAUCCAGGCCACUGUUGGGCAGAGGAGCGCCACCUUCACGGGUCUGGUGGGCCUGGAGCAGGACUCGCUCUAUCGUAGCAUGCCUGAAAUCAUCGCUCUCGCCUUGGGGAUGCUGAAGACCUAACGUGCCACUGCCAGGAAGGCCAAACCAGUGGACUCCCAUCCAAGCCAGGCUGAAAGGCAGAAGGCUGUGGCACACGUUCGGGGUACGGGGCUGACUCCUGAGGAGGCCUGGCUGCUGGAAGGGGAGGGCUCUAGAGAUAUCUGCCUGUUCUUCAGGCUGGUAUCUCAGGACCAUCCUGCAUGUUAGUUGGGGUGGCAAUCAGGAAGUCUUUCCAAUGCUUUAGAUCAGCGUUUCUCAACCCCAGAAACUUUAAGAUGUGCAGACUUCAGUUCAGAGUCGCUGGGA